AAUUAAUAAACGGAAAGCACACGAUGCCCAUUUAUAGCUUUGGUCCACUCUUCCACCUAUAGACAAUUGAGUUUAAGCAGUGUCUUGUAAAUUAACCAUCAUACAUGUCCAUUCCACUUACCAAAAAGGAAAGUUUAUCACUUAGUUUUCAUCAACUUCUGAACUUACCUUUCAUGGAUUAGGCAACACCUUUUUAUAUAGUAAGUCUAGUGGGUCCUUUGCUUUCUUUUUCUUUUCUCUUUCACUUCUCUUCUUCUUAUUAUAAUCUCUUUGUCCUCUUCGCCAAAUCUCUUCAACAAAAUAUCAAAAACUAAAUAGAGAGAAGAAUAAUGGCGAGAGGGAAGAUCCAGAUCAAGAGGAUAGAGAACCAGACCAACCGACAAGUGACGUAUUCAAAGAGAAGAAAUGGUUUGUUCAAGAAAGCUCACGAGCUCACGGUCUUGUGUGACGCUAGGGUUUCGAUUAUCAUGUUCUCUAGCUCCAACAAGCUUCAUGAGUUUAUCAGCCCUAACACCACAACGAAGGAGAUCUUAGAUCUGUACCAAACAGUUUCUGAUGUUGAUGUUUGGAACGCUCACUAUGAGAGAAUGCAAGAAACCAAGAGGAAACUGCUGGAGACAAAUAGAAAUCUUCGGACUCAGAUUAAACAGAGGCUAGGCGAGUGUUUGGACGAAUUUGAUAUUCAGGAGCUGUGUAGUCUUGAGGAAGAAAUGGAAAACACUUUCAAACUCGUUCGCGAGCGCAAGUUUAAAUCGCUUGGGAAUCAAAUCGAGACCACCAAGAAAAAGAACAAGAGCCAGCAAGACAUACAAAAGAAUCUCAUACAUGAGCUGGAACUAAGAGCAGAAGAUCCUCAUUAUGGACUAGUAGACAAUGGAGGAGACUACGAUUCCGUUCUUGGAUAUCAACUUCGUUUCCAUCAGAACCAUCACCACCAUUAUCCCAACCAUGCCCUUCAUGAAGCAUCUGCCUCUGACAUCAUUACCUUCCACCUUCUCGAAUAAUUAAGGGUUUGAAGGUUGCUGGUGAUGUCAUUAUCUAUCUAUUUAAUAAAAUAAAUACUUAAAAGCGUAAGGCUGGUCCUACUGAAACCUUAAAAAUGGUCAUGUUUCUUAAUUAUGUAUUUUCUGAAACCUUAAGAAUUAUGGAUUGUGUGAUCAGUAGCUUGCUGCUUUAACUUCUUGUGGAUUGAAUGUUUCAACACUAUGUAUGAUAUUAUAUUGACGAUUUCCUACC